AACAAAUCACUGGUUGACUGAUGAAUGACGGACGGACGGACUACGGACGGAGCUCGCUCGCUCGCAUCGACUCGUCGUCGCUCAUUUUUGUAAAAUUCAUUGAUUGAUUGCCAUUGGCGGAUUUACCAUAAAUUAACAACAUUUUAUGGCAGGCGGGAGUAUUCUUUGGGCUGUAUUGCUGUACAUAGAAACACAGGUUGACGUGAUUUGAAGAGAUCUAGUUGUGUGGCUACAGAAGAAAAUGGAAAUCGAAAUUUUAAGCGUCGCCGGUUCUAAGCCGCUUGGAAAAAUACAACUGAAAGAAGAUGCAACGGUAAAAGACGUAAAAGAUAAAAUUCAUAGAAGUAUAAAGAAGUUUCUUUACCCUGACCGUCAAGCUAUCAAAUUAGAAGCAAAGGGAAAAGCUUUGAAUGAUGAGGAUUCACUGAAAUCCUUAAAUGUGCAAAAUGGUGCCAAGUUGUACUUAAAAGAUCUGGGUCCUCAGAUUGCUUGGAAGAAUGUGUUUUUAGCUGAAUAUGCUGGACCUCUCCUUGUCUAUUUAUGGGUUUAUCAACGUCCAUGGCUCGUUUAUGGUGCUCAAAAUUCUUCCCCUGGAGCUGUUGCCAAUGUUGCUGCAUUAUGCUGGACUGGACAUUAUGCUAAGAGGCUCUUAGAAACUUUAUUUGUGCACCGCUUUUCUCAUGGCACAAUGCCACUCAGCAACUUGUUCAAGAACUGUGGAUAUUACUGGAUGUUUACCUUAUAUGUGGCAUACCACGUCAACCAUCCUCUAUACACACCUCCAAGUGAUACCUGGUUCUAUGUUGGUUUGACUGGUUUUGUACUGUGCGAAUUGGGAAAUUUGAGCAUUCACAUUUUGUUGAAAAACCUCAGGCCACCGGGCACCAAAGUGCGACGAAUCCCUGUUCCUGAUGGAAAUCCUCUAACUCAACUUUUCAACUUUGUCUCUUGUCCCAACUAUACCUACGAGUUUGGAUCAUGGCUCUUCUUCACAAUUAUGACCAAAUGUGCUCCAGCUGGUUUGUUUGCGGCGGCCGGCUUCUAUCAAAUGGCUGUUUGGGCACUCGGCAAACAUCGCAACUACAAGAAGGAAUUCCCGGAGUACCCUAAAGGACGCAAAGCCAUCUUGCCAUUCAUCCUUUAAGUCAAUAUUUUUUAUUUGUCCCUUCAAAACAUUAGUAGUUAGUUGUAGGGGACCGCUUCUUAGUUUAUCUAAAUCUAAUCUUAUAAUAGCCCCUUUAGCUGUUUAAUAUCUCAUUGAUUGUCCCGUAAAGCAAAAAGCCGUGGUCAUGGUAUUGCUCUCUAAAAAUAUUCUAUUAUUAUCUUCUUUUUAUAUUUGAUAGCAAGGAUUUACUUUUUGGAAUCUGCCAUGUCGUAAAAUGUGAUAAUCCACANCAACCACUCUAUAUCUCUACUGUUAUUUAUAAUCCACACUGAUGGAUGAUCCGGUAAACCAGACCACGGCAUCUUUGUGUGUGUAUAUCACCGUUAUUUAAAAUUGCCAGGUAACUUUUAUCUAGAGAAUAAACUCGUACUGACAUAUUUUUUCUACAUAAAAGUUAUAAUAUAUUUAGAAUAGCAAUUACCACUCUAGCUAGAGUAAUAAUGGUCAGGUUAUGGGUUGGCUGUAGUACAGGUGAUGGCUUUAUUUAUUAUGGAAUGCAUGAAAGUAUAUUCUCAUACAAUGAAUGAAUUGAGUAAGUUUUAAUUUUUUUUAUUUAAAAAGGGCAUUUAAACUUCAUAGAACGUCGUUAUUUAGUUCUAAGAUAAUUUUUAUGUUACUUUAUUUCGGGCAAAUAUUGUGAAGCAAUUCAUAGGCAAUCAACCA